AUGCAGAUCUCACGUUGCGGGAUUCACGGGUUCCAUGAAGUCCUUGGAAUCGACGUGGAUGAAAUCCGCUUUUUCUGGACACUUGAAAGUGACGACGAGUACGCAACCCAGGAUGCAUACCGCGUAGUCCUCUCUACCGAUCCAAAAGCCGUAGAGGCUGGAGCGCCAGCCACCGCUGAUAUCGCUUUCGAUUCCGGCAAGGUUCAGAGUGAAGCCCAAAGAAACAUACGAUGCCGGCCAGAUGGAGGGUUUCGAUCAACAUGCACUUAUUUCUGGAAGGUCACCGUCUGGAGCCACCGCGAGGUAGCCUACUCUAGUGCUAUCAACCACUUUUUCACCGCCUAUCCAAAGUCGCAUCUGCUUCCACCGUGGAGUAUGAACCAAACAUACAUGCCGCACAGUAGCUUGAUAUUCCGCUCUUGGUUUGAAGACGAGGCCAACAGGUGGAAAGCAGUCUGGAUAGGGAACGGAGGAGACAAACCACUGUAUCUUCGUAAAGCCUUCUUACUCCACAGGCAGCCUACUAAGGCGAUUGCGUUCGCCUCCGGUCUUGGCCACUACAACCUCAGGGUCAACGGUCAACUGGCGUCGGACCAUGUUCUGGACCCUGGAUGGACAAAUUACCAUCGCACGGUGCAGUUCGUUGCACACGAUCUGACCAGCCAUCUACAGCCCGGCGAGAACGUGCUGGCCGCGCAUCUGGGAAACGGUUUCUACGCCGGCGACAAAGGUGACCGCUUCUUCUGGCCAAUGUACGAGGAUAACACGUACGUGAGAUACGGCAACGAGCUGUGUUUCUUCGCGGAGUUGCAUCUAUUCUACGAUGAUGGGACGCAUACAGUGCUGGUGUCAGACCCGGAGUGGCAGGUGAGGGAAAGUGCAACUACCCUCGCAAACAUUUACGCAUCCGAGACUUACGACAGGCGCCUCUAUCCGGUGGGGUGGGAUGCUCCAGGCUUCGACGAUGGUGGCUGGUCAUCGGCAAAGGCGCUUACCGGUCCCAGAGGCCAAUUACGAUAUCAGAGCCAGCCGCCGGUU